UUUUCCCAUAAACUAACUCUGGAUUCGGAUGAGAAAGCGUUUGUGUCUCGGGUCAGGUCGGCCUCCACUUCAGGUAACACGGAUUCGCCGGAAGGAACUCUGGAUGCGUUGAUGCAGGCGUUGGUCUGUAAACAGGAGAUCGGAUGGAGAGACCAAUCGGACAAAAUCAUUGUCGUCGCCACCGAUGAAGAGUUUCAUUAUGCCGGAGACGGAAAGUUGGCGGGUAUUUUGGUGCCAAACGAUGGCGAGUGUCAUAUGUCUGGCCAUAACUAUAGCCACUAUCAUGUGCUGGACUACCCGUCUAUGCAUCAAAUCGCGGAGAAAGUGCGGGAAAACAAAUUCAAUAUUGUGUUUACGGUGACCAACAAAGUGCGGCCCAUAUAUGAAACACUGGCCAACAUUAUCGGGUCGACGGCUCGAGUGGACACUCUUCAGGACGAGGACAGCACUACAAUCAUUAACCUCAUCGAUAAGGUGUACAGCGAUAUCAGAUCGUCGGUUGAACUACGAGUGGAGAGAAUGUCUGAUUUUAUUGAAAUUGAUUUAUACUCCAAAUGCGAGAAUAAGACUGAGUUUAAGACCAAUAAAUGCACGUUUAAGGGACGGCCGGACAUCACUUUCUACGCCAAUAUACGGCUCAAGUCGUGUCCUAAAGACCGAUCCCUUUGGGACCAAAAGAUCAAAAUCGGUUUGGCGAAUAUCAACGAAAGUAUUGAAAUAGAUCUGCGAAUGGACUGCGAGUGUGAGUGCGAAAGAGCGGACAAAAUCGCGAAAAACUCGGCCGAAUGUCAUAACGCGGGAACGUUUGCGUGCGGUAUAUGUGCCGCUUGUAAUGGCAACCGAACCGGCGAUCAGUGCGAAUGCGACCCCGAAAAGCCUAUCGACCCCAAGGAUCCCGAGGCUCACUGCAAACAUCCCGAGAUAACCAACACGUGUAGCGGUCGUGGCUUUUGCGAGUGCGGCAAAUGUAACUGUUUUGUGGGCUUUUCGGGCGAUUACUGUCAAUACGAUGACUCUAACUGUCAUCCCGACAACGAUAAGAAUUUUAAGAUAUGCAACGGAAACGGCAGAUGCCUCGAAGCCAAGUGUAACUGUAGUAAAGGGUUUACCGGCAAAUACUGCGAUUGUCCCACAGAUAACCAGACCUGUACCACAACAACCAAUGGACAGCAACAGGUGUGCUCGGGUGAGGGCAAGUGUGUGUGCGGUCAGUGCGAGUGCAACACGAGUUCACAGACCGGCAAAUACUGUCAGAUAUGUCCGCGAUGUGAGAGUCAGGCCUAUUGUGACCUAAUGUUGAGUUGUGUACCGAAAAUAUGCGAACUCUACGGCACUAAUUGUACGGAAAGUUGCGAUCGGUUUGACUAUAAAUUGGUAGACGAGUUGACAGACUUGAUGGCCAACAACACCGACGGGUUGUUGACAUUCGUAAACCAGUGCCGUAACCGUACGCUCAAUAACGAGUGCGACAUAUCGUUCACAUACGAGCGCACCGACGAUGAGAUCAACAAACGGCUGUCGUUUAAGAUCACAAAAUUGGAUAAGAGUUGCGCCGAGAAAGUGAAUUUAGUGGUCGUGUCCGGGAGUGUCAUAAGUGGCAUAAUAUUAGUCGGUUUGGCGUUACUAUUGAUCUGGAAAUUGAUUGCAGAGAUAUUGGACCGCAAAGAGUUCGCCAGAUUUCAACAAGAGUUGAGUAAAGCUAAUUGGGAACAGAGUGAGAACCCCCUCUAUAAGGAGGCGAAGUCCACGUUUACAAACCCCACGUUUGGCUUACGAGAGAAAAGUAUGAAACGAAUCUCGCGUCUGACCGACAGAAUCUCCCGACGAUUUGAUUUUAACAAA